CAUUCAACAACUUACUUAUCAGAAGAAGGAAAUGGUUUUCGUCGUCGGACUGGAACUGUGAGUCACAGCCUCCUCUGCGCUUUCCAGGAAACUGAACCAUUAAGCAGGAGCCAAACAUGUAAAUCAGAAUUCUGAUUCUUCUCUAUCUCUAUCUCUAUCUUCCCUUGCAACCUGUUCUCUAAUGGAGGACAAGAAAGCGAAUAUAAUCGCUGUUUCAACCGUUAUCAUCCUCGUUAUAGUCAUCGUUGUCGCUCGCGUCUCACUUAAGCUCUCCAAUGCUUUCUACCUUAUUGCAGGGGCUGGUGUUGCAGUGAUCCUCGCGGUCUUUGCUUGCCUCGUGAUCAGACGGCGUUAUAAUCGCAGAAGCAAGUUGUUAGCCACCCAAUUAGUUUCUCAGGGCAGAGAGCUUCGCAUUGAGUAUAGUUUCUUGAGGAAAGUUGCUGGAGUUCCUAUAAAGUUUCGAUUCAAGGAACUCGAGGAAGCAACUGAUGAUUUUCGGUCAUUGCUUGGCCAAGGGGCGUCAGCUUCGGUUUUCAAAGGGAUUUUAACCGAUGGAACUGCCAUUGCUGUGAAGCGGAUUGAGAAAGAGGAGCGUGGAGAGAAGGAAUUUCGAUCGGAAGUUGCAGCAAUUGCUAGUGUUCAGCAUGUGAAUCUGGUGCGUCUUCUUGGAUAUUGUAUUGUGGCAGGAGGCCCUCGUUUCCUUGUUUAUGAUUACAUCCCAAAUGGGUCAUUGGAUUGUUGGAUUUUCCCCAAAAGGGGAACCCGGAAUCUCCCUGGAGGGUGCUUGUCAUGGGAAUUAAGGUAUAGAGUUGCCAUUGAUGUGGCCAAGGCACUUUCUUACCUUCAUCAUGAUUGCCGGUCAAGAGUAUUGCAUCUUGAUGUGAAGCCAGAGAACAUACUUCUUGAUGAAAAUUAUCGAGCAAUUGUUGCAGAUUUUGGUUUUUCGAAGUUAAUGAGAAAAGAUGAGAGUAGAGUCAUCACAAAUAUCCGCGGGACAAGAGGCUACUUAGCUCCAGAAUGGCUCUUGGAGCAAGGUGUUUCUGAGAAAUCUGACGUCUAUAGUUAUGGAAUGGUGCUUCUGGAGAUGAUUGGAGGCCAGAGAAAUGUUUGCUUGGUAGAAAAGGGCAAUGACAGGGCUCAGAGGACAUGGCAAUACUUUCCCAAAAUUGUUAAUCAGAAAAUGAGAGAUGGAAAGCUUAUGGAAGUGGUUGAUCAUAGGCUUGUUGAAAGUGGAGAUAUUGAUGAGAGUGAAAUAAAGAGAUUGGUUCAUAUAGCUUUCUGGUGCAUACAAGAGAAGGCUAGGCUUAGGCCUACAAUGGCUCAUGUGGUGGAAAUGCUUGAAGACCGGGUGGCUGUGGAGGAGCCCCCUGAUACUCAAAUGAUUGUUAUCGAUCUGCUGUCAAUUGAUGAUGAUGCACCAGAUGAUCACAAGAGAGCAACCAUUGCUGCACUGGCAACAGAUCAAUUAGAUGGCACCAAUCAUACCCCUUCAUGCUCAUAUACCAUGUCAGUUAUCUCCGGAAGAUAGCUUCUGCUCUUACUCAUGGAGAAAGCUUCUUCUUUGGAUUUCUUUUAGCUUUAAGGUUCUGUGUUACUUCAAUUAUUGAAAUCAGCAGUUUUUGCUGGGUUAUUUUUGUGGAGCUAAUAUGAGUUUCAGUGGUCCUUCUGUGACUGCCCCUUCUGGUUAGU